UUGCAUUUAGUUGUUUCAGUGCUCACAGUAUAUUUUUAGAAUAUGGACAAGAACGGAAUCAUACCCGAUAUCAUCGAUGCAGCACCAAAGGAAAGAGCACAAAUAAAGUACCCUUCAGGCGCAGUUGUAGAGCUUGGUAACGAAUUAACACCUACACAAGUGAAAGAUCAACCUGAAGUUACAUGGAAUGCUGAAAGCGGUGUAUUGUAUACUUUACUAAUGGUUGAUCCUGAUGCACCGUCUCGUCAAGAUCCAAAAUAUAGAGAAGUUUGUCAUUGGCUUGUUAUAAAUAUUCCAGGCGAUAAAGUUGCUAAAGGUCAAACAGUUGUAGAAUUUGUUGGUUCUGGUCCACCAGAGGGCACCGGUCUACAUCGCUAUAUAUUUUUCGUUUUCAAACAAGCUGAAAAAAUUACAACCGAUAAGUUCAUUUCAAAAACUACCCGUGAAGGUCGUUUUAAUGUAAAAACAAGGGAUUAUAUUGGUAAAUACAAUCUCACAACUGUUGCCGGCAACUACUAUCAAGCCCAGUACGAUGACUAUGUGCGUAUUUUACAUGAGCAAAUGGGAGCCCAAAAAAAAUAAAUUUAUCUCUGACUUUAAAAUCAUAUAUUUAUAAAAAUAUAAAAAUCAUUUAGAUACUUUGAAA